ACAAGCCGUGGUUUACCGAAGGGGCAUGGACCUGGCUUCCAGAGCCUCUGGUGGGUUCUCUCCUGUAGGAGACUGUCAGGUCCGUUGAAGUCCAUUUCGUCUGUGCCUGGUGCAGACUUGAAACAGAGGCUGUAUGGAGAGACACAGGAUUCACACGAGUUUGCUAAUGUAUGCUUGGAUUUUUUUUUUUUAAGGAAAAAUAUUUUUUUUUAAAAAUGGAAGCAACCAUCUGACCAUUCUUUUAGCUGUACCAAAGCAGCAGGACAUUGGGGAUCCUGCUCUGGUCUCCAGGAGCUGGGCUGCUCUUUGCCCAUGGGGCAGGUGGAGAGACAGCUUAUGUUCUUGGAAUUGUCUAGAAAUGAGCUGAUCCCUCUGGUCCUGGUGCUGGGCUCAUGCCGGCCUCCGCAGGAGGUCAUGCAGGCACACGCUGCAGGCCCUGCCUCUCGGGAGCUGGGAGACCUUGGCCCAGGUGUUUAGCUUCUCCAAACCUCGGAUUCUCAACUGCACGGUGGAGGCAGUAAUCGUCUGUCUCAGGAAACGACACAGAAAGCACCUAGAACGUGUCUGACGCACACGCAGCGUCCAACAGAUGUGCGGGCUAGUUUCUCAGGGCUGUGGAGCAGUGGCUGCAUGGCUUAAACAACAGAAAUUCAUUCUCCCAGCCUGGAGGUUGCAGGACCACGUUUCCUGUGGAAGAGCCCAUCCUCGCCCCUUCCUGCUGUCUGGCAGUUUCUCUGUGGUCUCGCCGAUGGUUGGCCAGGGGCUGCGUCUCCAGUCUGUCUCCGUCUUCACGUGGCCAGCAGCUGUCCUCCGUGUGUGUCUGGGUCUGGACUUCCAGUUCUCUCAUGGGGGCACCUGUGAUUGGAUCUAGGGCCCACCCAAAGCCAGAAUAACUGUUUUAACUUGAUCACAUCUGCAAAGGCCCUGUUUCCCGUGGUUAAGUUCAUGGACACUGGGGAGUCAGGAUUUAAUGUAUCUUUUGGGGGGAAGGCCAUUCAGCUGGUGGCGGCGGGCGUGGUGAUGUGCGUUACCUGUGUUACGGCUUCUGUUGUAGCUCACGUCCUUGUCGUCACCGUCUCUGUGACCGGCUCCGAGCAGGAAAGGUCUUCUUUCUGCUGUGUUCUUGCCCCAGCUGCCCUGAAACGUGGCAGAUGCUCUGUACCUACGUGGUUGGCUUAAGUUAAGGAAGACCUUCCCCCCCCAUAACCUUUAUUGUUUUCAGAACAGCAUUCUGCGCUAGACAGACAUAGGAAGGCUGUGAAUGUAAGAAGUCUUGGCUUUGGAGAAGCAGCUGCGUUCCCGAACAGUGAGGCUGGGACCACCCAUAGUCCUUUGCUGGUCUGGGUACUUACUGAGUGAUCGUUGCUGUGUGCAGAGCCCUGCGGGGGCCGCUAAAGGACACCGUCCUUGCUGACCCAGGGGGACAGCCUGGCUAGAGAGGCACACAAUUAAAUAUAGCCACAGUCAAGUGAUGAGGUCCUAUUGUAGUGGAGCCCGGGGCGCCAGGGCUGGUGACCGCGGAUGUGGCAUCGACUCAGAGAGACGCCUCCUGGUUUAAAGAGCCCGGACAUCCCGUGGCAGCUUCCCUUGGGCCCUAGGAUGGGCUUGCAGAGCACUGGCAGCGGCUCCAAGCACCACCCUCAGGGACAGCUGGCCAAAGGAGACGGCGAGGAUGGUGGGUGGGACGGGAAUGUUCCUUGGCCCCUGCAGACAGGUCCCACGGUGUACUGCUGGCAUCACAGCACAGCUCAGGGACUGAGGACCGGGGUGGAUGACCUGGUUUGCCAGACAGGCGGUCGUCAGAAUGGGCCCUGUUAGCCAGGUUGGAAGGGUGCGGGUUAGGAGCAGGCUCCGUAAAGUUCUUUUCAGGGGAGCUGAGGGAGAAACCAGAGUUAACCUGUCAAGUGUCGCCUUUUACUGUAUCCUCAAACACGUGUGUCUUACAUAAAGAAAGCUCCGAGAUGGGUUUACUCCUCUUGCAUCUGAGUGGGGCGUGAGUCAUUUCACUAGGAAAGUGGGUUCUUGCUUUUACUCCAAGCGACCCCUGUGCACACGAGGCCUGGCCUAAUCCAGGCUACACACGGAUUUCCUCUGUCACUGGCCCGGCCUGCUGGACGCAGGUGCCCACGAGGCUGCUCGGACAGGAGCCAACCUGAGGUCCCCUCUCUCACCGUUUCCUCCAUGUACAAGGCGCACUAGUGUCCCUCAAAAGGCGUGUCCACCAGGAACCUCAAAAUGUGAACUUGUUGGAAAUCGGGUCUUUGUAGAGGUGGUCCGAUCCGUUAAGAGGAGGUCAUGCGGGAGUCAGGUGAGCCCUAACCCCAUGUGCGGUGGCCUUAGAAGGGAGCCGUGGGAAGACAGGGAAGAAGGCCGCGUGGUUGCUGCAGCAGAUGCAGAACAGCCAGAGGAGAGACAAGGCUUGCCCGUGACUCCACAGGUGGGAGGGGAGGCCUGGGACAGAUACGGACUCUUCUCUAGAGCUUUUGAGAGCACGUGGCCCCGUGACACCUUGCUUUCAGACUCCCAGCAUCCAGAACCGGCAGAGAGCAGUUCCUUUGUUUUAAGUCACCCUUAGUGUGGUAAUUUGUUCCAGACGCAUCCACUGUGUCCCAGCCUCACUGAGCCCGGGGCGCCUCCAGGAGGCAUGGGACAGCUGGGCAGUGGGGCUCAGGGAGUGGCCUGUGGGGGGAUGUGGGGUAUGCCCAGCGCUGGCCAGAUAAACCUUUGCAGUAGGAAGCCUUCACCCCUCAACCUUGACUGAGGAGAGCCCGUCACCCGCUUCCCUUGGUGAAUGUGGGCAGGUCGGGGCCAGGCUCAGGGUAUCAGCCGCAGGUGACUCCAGGUGAUACCAGAGGGUUCUGUCUAAGCAGAGGAACUCUCCUGGCAUUGGAGAUGCCAGGGGAGAUGUAGCUCCCCCUGAAAGAGCCCCAGGCUGGGCCCUGGAGCCCUGGGUUCUCCACCCCGCUUUGCGUGAUCCAUUAGCCCUCUGACCUUGGGCAGAAGCUCCAUGUUCCUGCUGGGUUGCUUCAUUACGCACUGAGAGAGGCCUGCUGUUGUUACUGUACUUACACGUGUUGUGCAUAGGUCCUAAGUGCGUGAGUUUGGACACACGCUGCGACCUGCGUCAUCCGCUCCCAUCAAGCUGUAUUCCCAUCACCGGAGAGCCUUCUCGGGCCCCUGCCCUGCCAAUCCUGCCUCCUCCCCUUAACCCCUGUUCUGGUUUCUAGAGGUCCCUUCCAGCUGUUCUCGCACGUCACGUGAUGUGUGCUCUCUCGUGUUUGGCAUUGUGUUUGCCACCAUGCCUGUGGGGUUUCUCUGGGUUGUGCGCGGAUGAGCGUUUCCUGUCACUGGUGCCUUGGAUGUCCCACCAUCGGUUCUGUGCAUUCUCCUGUUGGCGGACACAAGGCCAGUUUGGGGCUAUUAGGAAUAAAACCAAUGCAGACAUCCUUCUACAUGGGCAGACCCUUCCUUUUCUCUUGGGCUUGCGUGUCUGGCGGUGGAAUUGCUGGGUCUGGCGCGUUUGAAGUGUUCCAGCGUGGUGGGUCUGUUCACUCUUCCGGCAGGCGGCUCUUCCGUGGUUCCUCGUCUGGGUGGGAGUGGGCGGCACCAGGCUGGGACAGCAGGUGGGCAGUGGGUGGGACCCAGCUCCUCCUGCAGACCCGUUCCCGUGCCCCCUUUCCGCCUUCGAGUAGAGCUGCUUCGGAUUGGCCUCGCCGUUGCUUGGGGUUUCUGCAAAUACCUGAAGAGUGUGUUCACCUUCUAAAAAUCAAACGCCAUGUGCUGUGGGGUCCUCUGGGCCUCCUGACACCCCGUUUCCCCAGUGUCGACUGUGUGUGUAUACUGUCUGGUUCAGGUCAGACUCACACCCAGGGAGGUUUGGCUCGCUCUCUUCUGCAGGUAGGUGGCAAGGCUUACCUGCGCACGGCAAUGACCACCGCAGGAGACGGUCCCCGGGUUCUGAGGCCGCACGGGCUGCUCUGCUGGGGCCACUGUGUCCCUUCGCUCCUAGAAUGUACCUUGAUCUUCUCAAGGUCAAAGUGGUCUUUAAGACAGAGUUGCCCGUUGAUUAGCAGAGCUCACAUCACCUGGGCAUUCGGGGUCUUCAGCCUGUGGGGGACCAGUCAUUUCAAGAAUCCUUCUGUGUGUGCCUUGUGCACGACUGCGAAAGAGCUUCACCUCCAAGAGUUUAGUGUGGUGGGUGUGCUGACUCGGGGCCGGUGUGUAACACCCAGAAAGUGCUGCUGCUUUUGGGUGCCUUCGUGAUGGGGGUUCAAGGGGGGGGUCACUGACAGCAGAGCCAUUUACGGAGCAUCAGUUGAAGGGUUUGGCCAGCAGAGGCAGGGAGAACCUUCCAAGCAAGGGAGACAGCACGCCCAGCUGAGUGUCAGAGGGUAGACUGAGGCAGUCAGUGUGAGACAUGAGGACUGUCACAGUUGAGAGGCCGGUGGGGGUGGUGGGGAUGAGGAUGGUCUCUUGGGGGUUGAACUAAUGAGGAUUUUUUCCCAGUAAUGAGGUUACGUAGAUGGGGGUUUAGAGGUCAUGGGAGAAGGGCCAGGUCCUUACAGGUAGCGUUUGCUUGGGCCUCGAGGAGGCCAGGCGGGGUCCCGCCGUGUGCAGUCGAGCUGGGGGAAUGGGAUCUGGGGUCUACAUAGAGGAACUACUGCGAUGCUUUGGCGGGUGGGUGCUCGGUCCAGGCUGUGUGGCGAUUACCUGUCCUGUCUGUGCGUCAGGGUUACGUGAGAGCCGCGACACUUAUCUGGAUUGGCACGUGUCGCUGCAAAGCCUCCACAGUGCUUGUCAGCAGCAACCCGGGUCGAGAAGCCCUUUGGACCACAGGCGUGUGGGCUUGGCAUGAGGCUCCUGGCUUCUCAUGGGGAGACGCCAGGGGUGCUGCUGAACGGGUGUGAUCUUGUCCAGGAUGCUAAUGGGCCGGGACCGGGGACCCCGAGCGAGGGGAGCUGGCGCUUGGCACGUAUUAGCGGAGUUUCUCCACACCUGGAGGAGGUGGGCAGUGUUAUCCGUUUCACAGACAGGAACUGGCGGCACUUGCCCAAACUGGGCAGUUUCACGCUUGGAGCAGGGAUGCCACUGAUUAAAGGGGAGGGCAUCCAAGGUGAGAAAGGGGUGACUUCGGACCAGUAGGGCCCAUGACUUUGAAUAAACGAUGACAUCUCCAAGAGGAAAUGCAGAGAGUUCGUGGUUCGUGGAGACCAUGAAUUCGAGUCCCUGGCUCAGAGCCGUCUGGGGCCACCAGUGCUGUGCCCACUCAUUCUCAUUCUCCAGGGAAGGCCGUGAGGAACGAUAGUCAUUGUGUGCCCACUGUGUGCUCAUGUGGCAGGGCAGGUGUACGGACCUCCUGCAGGUGACAGAGGCUCAGAGAGGGUAAGUAACUUGGCCAGGAGCGCACAGCUAGAGCUGGCGUGUACACACUCGGAUCGACCCUGGAGCCCCGUGUUUCCUCCUUUGUGCCAUGCCGUCUCUGCAGUUCAUGCCCACUGUGGUCUGAGGGUGAGGAGGAGGAUGACAUGGGUGAUGAUUUAAUAGUUUCCCCAGCACCAGGAGGAGACCACAGCCGGCGACAGAAGACCAGGCAGGGACUCAGCAGGGCUUGCGCAAGCCGGCCGUGGGGCUGGAGGCCGGGGGCUCAGCGUGCACGCUGUGGUCUUGUUCUGAGAGAGAGGGUGGGAAAGGGCCUGCUUAUCUCCCAGGCUGCAGGGAGUGGGGGCCUCCAGGGAGAAGGCAAGGGCAGAUCAACUCACCAGAACAGCAGAGGCCCCAGAACAGCCUUUUCUUCCCUGGUCUUUUUCCAGAAUUACUUUCUCUUGAUGCGUCAAUAAUGGUGAGAUCCAGGUUGGGGCAGAAGACGUUCAAACCCUCAAUGCCGAUUCACAGGAGCUGCCUGGCCUGCACGGUGUGGCUUCCGGGCCUCUGCCCUCCCCGCUUGCUCAUGCGUGUGGCUGCCAGGCCUUCUCCUUCCUGGGCCACAGGCCCCGGGUCAUCUUCACUACUGUCCAGCAUGAGCUGGGCUCUCCUGCCCCGUCCGGCUCUGUUGUGUCUGGGGAGCACCAGUGGCUCCCGCUGCCUUAUCUCUCACCCUCAGCUGCUGUUCUACGCCGCUUCUAGCAGCUGCUGGAAAUUUCUCUUGGGGGUUUUGCCUCUGUGUUUGGUUUCAGUGCUGAGAGUCCCCAGGGUGUUGAUUUGUAUUCUGUAUGUUGGACUGCACCAGACUGACCGGACCCACCAGAAGGCACUUGACACGGGCCACCAGCUCCGGGGUGGUGCCCUGGAGGGAGGGCUCCCCUGACCUUGUGAGGGGCCGCCAUCCCACUCCGCCCUGCUAUUUCUUCCUCGCCUCCUGUUUUCCAGUGGUCCAAGCGCGUUCUUGGUUAACCACGAUGGCCAGGCACCUCCAUCGUCUUAGUGCAAGCAGCUUGUUGUAAAGCCCCAAUUACUUGGUUGCUACUAAGAAAUGACUUUGCAAGUCCCCUGGGGUGACUUGGCAAGAAUUUUACAAUAACAUUUAGGUUGUAGAAAUCUAGUUACCCGUUGCCUGCCAACAUCAGAUGUCUUCAGGAAUGUUCGGUGAGUGGUCAUCAAGGAUGGCCUGGUAGUUUGGGAUCCUAGGAUGGAAUGUUCUGGAAGUGUGGAGGCAAGGUGACAUUUUUCAGUAGGGUCCGUAACUCUCUGUUUUGGGAGCUUGACUUCUGUUUGUUUGUUGUCUGUCCAGUUUUAUUAGAUGUGACAGAGACACACGAAGAGAGAGAGGCUGGGGGUGUGUAUCUCCCUGGGGCCACAAAGUACCACAGACCGAGCAGCUGAAAACAACAGAAAUUCACUCUCACGGUUCUGGAGGCCAGAAGUCCGAGAUCUUGGUGCCCGCAGGGCUGGUUCCCUCUGAGGCUGUGAGGGAAAAGGUUCUGGGCCUCUCUCCUUGGCGUGUGGACAGCCCCCUUCUCCCUGUGUCCUCACAUGGUCUCCCCUCUGUGCCCAGAUUUCCCCUUUUUAUAAGGACCCCAUUCGUAGUGGACAAGGGCCCACCUUCAUCCCUUCAUCCGAACGUGAUCGUCCACAAAGGUCCUGUUUCCAUAUCAGGUCCUAUUUGCAGGCAUCUCGCAGGGGCGGGUAUGCAGGUCAAGCUCUUCCAGAGGGUGUUAGAAAAAUGGGAACGUAGAUGGUCCACAGUGUCCUCCCCUCCCUGGCCUGGUGGGUGCAUUUAGGUUUUCACCAAAAGACAUUUGUUCCUGUGCAUGACCUGCUGUGUUAUCCAAAACCCCGACUCGCGGUUGGGCCUGAGGUGGGUCCUGCAGUGGAAAUAAGGUGCAAUGAGUACUGUCAAACCUUCACUCCAUGGAACCUGGUUCUAUCAAUGGCAGUAAAGUUCACGAAGCGAUUAGUGGCUUACGGAGAAAUUAUACUGGCUCAUUUAGUAAUUCACCUUACGUGCAGUCCUCUGCCGUGGCAAAAUCGCAGCGUUCCGGACCACCGUGGUGCAGGUAGGAAGCAGUGAGGCCAGGUUAAAAAAAAAAAGGAUGUGUUUCACACGGACUCAGAGCACUUGCUGAUGGAAAGUACAAGGCUUGUGUGGGCACUGGGUCAUGAUAACAGCAUCACUUCUUGCCUCUGUGGGUCGUUUACUGUGCCCCAGGUCCUGUGCACUGUGUACAGGCACUGUCUGGUGUGUGAGCUUUCCACACUGUUCUCCCUUCCUCUUGUGGGUGGGGACAGUCGGGCACAGAGAGGUCAGGGUGAGGGUAGCUGCAUUGGUGAGUGGUUAGAUGGGGCCUUCCUGAAGCAGCGAGCAAGACUUGAGUGGCAAAAGCUGUCAGCAAAGUGAGGUUUGUGGGGACAGAGCUUGCCUGCCAGAGGGAACUCUCAGUGCAAGGGUCUUGGGGCAGAAAUGAGUUACACUUGGGAAAUGAAUGUACCAAGAAGGAAUGGAGGUCAUGGAGGGCUGGGUGGGGCCAGAUCAUUCAGUCCCCAUAAGGAGGCUAGAUUUCAUGGAGUCCCAGUAGGUCAGAUAGAUUUAUCCUAAGUGCAGGGAGAUGCUGCUGGAGAGACCUAGUCUGUGAAGAGGCCCCCAGCUGUUCAAGGGAGCGUGGCUUAGCUGUGUGCGUUUGGGGGUGGGGGGCUGAAGGGAAUGGGAUGUGGGAGACUAGGUGGGAGGCGGCGGCUGUAGUGAGUCCAGGGGAGAGGUAAAGCGCCCAGGUAGAAGCAGCUAAUAGAAGGGGUCAGAUCAACUCACUUUAGAGGCAGAAUUGCCUGGAUUUGAGGGCAGAGUUGACUCUUUGUGACAGAGAAUGUGUGGUCCCCAAAGUUCAAUUUAUUCUCUGUUCCUUUACAGAAAGACUUUGCCAGUCUUUGAUCUGCACUGCCCUGGGACUCAUUUUUAAAUAAAUGAGCCCUACCAUGUUCCUGGAAGAAAAGAAUAAAAUAUAUAAAGGUGUCACUUCUUACCAAUGCCGUGCCAGCAGAAUCCCAGUGGGGUUCCCUUUGUGAGGGAAUGACAAGGUGGGAAGACAUCGUAUUAUUUUAAAGUUCAUUUGGAAGGAAAAAAUGGGUAAAAAUAGCUGAUAAGAGACUUUGAAAUAGAGAAGUGCUAGUCCUUCCAGGUAACCAGAUGUAAUCAGACUAGCAUGGUGCAUCAGGCCGAUGUGGUUCUAAAAAUAUGCAGGCUAGUGACACGGAAUAAACGAGAUUCAAACCCUCAUGUCCGCACACGUUCAGAACGCAUUGAGAUGACAUCACGUCAGGAGGGGAUGAAUUGUUCGGGACCUGUGAUUGCUUAGCCAUUUGGUAAUGAAUUUCGUAAAGUUCCUCACUGAGCAGCAAAAUAAAUUUUGUACGUUAAUGUCAGCAGACAGACUUUUUUUUAAAUAAAAGAAAACAGAUGUGAAUAUUUAUCAGAUUUUUCAUGAAGAUAGGCCUCUGUGUUUCAAGGCAAAAUCACAAAGGAAAGAUUGAUACAGCUGCAUAAUUGAGACUCGAUCAAGGUAGCAAAUGCGUCUGAGCACGUGCGAGCGACAGAGUGGGGAAGAUACUUGCCGCGGAGAUGAUGAAAUGUUAGCCUCUCAUUGAACAAAGGAUACAAAAUAAUACUCCUAAAACAGGAAGUCAGAAGGAGGAGUUUUGAGAAAUUUCUGACUGUCACGGUCCCAGGAAUAUGCAUGUGAACUUCGGUAUUCCGUUCCGUCCUUGUCCUAUUUAGCCAGGCUUUUCUUGAUCUGCCGGCGGGGUGGGCGGGGGGAUGGGCACCCACCGCUGCCCAGAGUCUGCAUGGCUACAACUUUCCAGGAAAGUGUUUGGCAAUGCUUCGUACUCUGCUAGAAAGUCGUCCUAAGAGGGUAAUCCACGAUGCGCAGGAAGAUAUGUUAUAAAGAUGUCACUGCACGGGCCGUUCGUAGCAGCCACAGUCGGGCUCCUGCCCGCAGCAGCAGGGGCGGGCUGUUCUCGGCUGCUGGCCCGCUCAGAGCUGGCCCGUUCCUGAAGCUGUGUUGACUUGGCCGUCUCACGCCCCUAUCCAUCAGGCGGCCCAUGUUUGUUGGUUUGGCGCGGCUCGGAGGCCAUCAGGAAUGAGCUGGACCAGUAGAGUAGGGCUGGCGUCCACGUGCCUUUGGGGCUGCUUUCCAGCUGUGCUGUUUGGGGGGGCUUGGCCCCGCUCUCCGGCCGUGCAGUCGUGCAAACACCAUCACUCAUCCCCACCACCCUUUUGGUGUCCGCGGCUGCUGCCGUGUCUUCAGGGUAUGAAAUUCCUGUCUUGAACUCAAGCCUCGGGCCUGGCAUCUGUGUGUCAUUAGCGAGCGCGGUCAGUCGGAUCGGCCCAGCACGAAACCCUGGAAGCUGCUGCCCGUCUCUUCCUUGUGUGAAUCUGGCAUUUUAAUCUGAGUCUCAGGAGUAAACCUCGGGGGCACAGCCCUCUCACUAAAACCAAAUAAGCCUCAGUUUGCUCAUCUGUAAAAUGAGUGACACUGCCCAGGUGUUUGUGUCCCAGAGCGGUAUCUAAGAUGAACUUUUUUUUUUAAAGAUUUUAUUUCUUUGAGAGAGAACGAGCGGAGGUGGGGAGAGGGAGAAGCAGGUUCCCCACUGAGCAGGGAGCCCAAUGCGGGGCUCGAUCCCAGGACCCCGAGGUCAUGCCCUGAGCCGAAGGCAGACACUUCACCGACUGAGCUACCCAGACGCCCCUAACAUGAACUUUCACAAAGCUUUUUCAAGUUAAUGUAUACUAGAGAAGACACCAGUGUAUCUGAGGGAGAUCUUUUUAAAGGAUGGAUGGGCUUCCUUUUUAAAGCAAUAGAGAGCUGCCUUCUUUAAAUAACUUCCUUAAAUAAACUUCAGUUAUAAAAAGUGUGUUGCUCUAAAGAGAAGUAUCCAUUUGAUUUUUAUUUUUUUAAGAAGACAAUGAAUCAAUGACCAUCAUUUAUACAUCACACCCCCAGAGUGCUGGUGUUUUGCCGUUUUGAUGAGUGUGUCGGACGGGAGUCUUGCCCCCUGACCAGCAGCCCCAGUCCAGUGAGUGGGUCUUUCUUCUCAUUGCUGUUAGCAUGUUUCAGAGAUCAUCACAUUCGUUCCUCCUGGUCACUAGCUGGGGACCAGGGUUGGGAAGUAUCUCUCAUCUGGGCUGGUCACAAGACCCCCCCCCCCCACAGCCUAUCUGCCGCCCGUCCUGUCACACGGCGGGCUGGCCUUCCCAUGUGACUCUGGGGGGGGCAGACCGCAAACCACCAGACCUCCUGAACACCACGCUGGGGGAGCACUCAACGUGCCACACGUGGGUUACUCUUUGAACUGUCAGCAGCAACAGGGUCACGGGACAGACCAGACGUGGCCAUCAGAGUGUACAUGGUGUGACGGGCAAACCGAGAGGUCUGUGGGCUUCGGGUCUCAAUGCUCCCCAGGAAGACAUGGUGGAACCCACCUCGUUCCCCUCGUGCUGUCGGUGUCACGUAUGUUCCCGACAGCUGCACGAUCAGCAGUAGAGGGAAGGCACCGGGUCCUCCAUCCUCUGUGCCUUGGGUGGCCCCCGGUGCAGAGUGGGGCUCAAGAAUGGGUUGGCUGAGACAUUUGUCCGUUCAGCAGCUGGCAUCAGACACAACAUGGGCCAAGCACUGUAUAGCGCUGGGGAAUUAGAGAAGCCACGCAUCCAGCUCUCAAGGAAACGAGUGUGGUUGUUAGGGAACAAAUCCCGCGCAUCCUAACAGCUGUGGCGCUCAGGACCAAAGCGACGAGCACCCAGAGUAGACAGUGGGGGAGGCCCUGCAGAGCCCAGAAUGGAGAUGGAUUUCCAUUGGCAAAGCCGCUGUUGGACGGGGGUCCCUCUCCGAUGGGCAGGUUUCAAUGGAGGAGAAAGUAGGAGCCCUGUUGGGUCUUCAGAGACGGGGUUGGGGGAGAAGCCGGCAGAACCCGGAGCUGGCUGGGAGGGGUCUUGGAGCCAGAGGAAGGAACAGCCGCUGGGUUUGGCGAGAGCACGGGAAGGACAGGGCGGUGUGGUGCAGAUAUGGUCGGCAGGUAAGUGGAGGGUCUGGAAGGAUGAGCUGGGGGGUUCGUUGUCUCCUACAGACUGUGGAGAGAAGAGCCGGGACUGUGGAUUUUACCCAAGGAACCGGUGGGAUGGAUCCGGCAGGUCACUGGCCGGAGGAAGCCCGGCCCGGUGACGCUGCCCGGUCUCUUUGUCACUGACUGGUGAAACAGCGCGCAGUGUUGUCGGCCCCCCGGCCUACUCCUCGGAUGACAGAAACAGCAAGUCAGAAGUGCAGACGUGCCUGGGGCCCUGAGGGGUGGCCCCUGAGCUACGGAGGAUCAGUAAGGGCUUGAGCGCGGCAUGUCCCCAGCCCAGUGCCCGGCGCGCAGAACCUUCGCUGUCCAAGCUUUAGGCUCGCAGUGUUGUCUCUGCACGGCUUCCCUGAACACAUCUGCUCUACGUUUCCUUCUGCUGAGCACACGGCCUUGUCCCUAGAGGCUGAACCCAGUGGGUCUUCAUGGAGGCGACGGGGCCCCUGCCAGGGAGAUGCCCACGUUUCUCGGACGGACUCAGGACUGGGGUGUGUGAUGCUCACAGCUGGCCUGCUGGGGGGGGGCUCUGAGUGGCAGCAGGCUGCUGCCCUAAACGAAACUCAGUUAUUGAACUUGAAGCACACUCUGGACACUGGAAGAAGCACAUUGCCAAGUUGACCCCAUCGUGCAGCAUGGUUGC